AAUGCAGGGGUUAUGGAAAGUCUACAAAACCAUGCUGAGGAGCAACAAUACAGUUUUUCCAAACACAGUUCAUGGCCCAACAACCAGGAAUCAACCAAUAAUUGCAAGCCACGUGUCGGUGGAUUUGUUUUAGUGCAUGCAGGAGCAGGUUACCAUUCAGAAUCCAAGGCCAAGGAGUACAAGCAUGUAUGUAAAAGAGCUUGCCAGCAAGCUGUGGAGCAGCUCAAAGCAGGGGCACUUGCAGUUGAAGCCGUUGCUGCAGCACUGGUUGAACUCGAGGACUCUCCCUUCACCAAUGCGGGUAUGGGUUCCAACCUUAACUUGUCAGGGGAAAUCGAGUGUGACGCCAGUAUCAUGGAAGGGAAAUCACUUCAUUAUGGAGCUGUAGGUGCUAUUAGCGGUAUCAAGAACCCUGUUUUAGUUGCAAAUCGACUGCUGAGUGAAGCACAGAAAGGGAAACUUUCAGCUGGCAGAAUACCACCAUGCUUUUUAGUCGGACGGGGAGCACACGACUGGGCCAUUAGCCAUGGUGUCCCACCCUGUCCCUCAGAGAAAAUGGCAACCAAGUUCAGUUUAUCGGCAUACAAGCGGAACAAAAGGAAGAUGGAACUUGCUGAGAAAAUGGACACUGGUCAUAAUCAAACGAAGAGAAGACGACAGUCAAGUGGAAAUGAAAAUGGAUCGGAGUGCCUUGAUACUGUUGGAGCCGUUGUCGUUGAUCUGCAAGGCAAUGUUGCUGCUGCAGUGUCCAGUGGAGGUCUGGCCAUGAAACAUCCAGGCAGGAUUGGACAGGCUGCUCAUUAUGGAUGUGGCUGCUGGGCUGAAAAUGCACGUAACAUGAACCCGUACUCGACCGCAGUGAGUACCUCAGGCUGUGGAGAGCAUCUCAUUCGCACCAUGCUGGCACGGGAAUGCUCCGCUGCUAUGCAAUCGGAAGAUUCCCAUCAGGCAUUGCUGGAAGCAAUGCAAAACAUGUUCAUCAGCUCACCCUUUCUGGCCAGUGAAGAUCGAGUUUUGGGUGGAGUAAUUGUCUUGCGGUGCUGCAGAUGUGCGGAACCUCAGCCGUCUCCCAAUGUUCAGGGUCCUCUAGUGGAGUUCCUUUGGAGCCACACCACAGAGAGCAUGUGUGUAGGCUACAUGUCUGCCCAAGAUAGCAAAGCCAAGACACACAUAUCAAGAUUACCACCUGGGACAAUACCCGGUCAAUCCUUGGCCAUCGAAGGAGGUGUUUGUCGCCUGAUGAGCACAGUGGAUUGA